GGCAAUCAAUACUGACGCCACUACUAGCGUAACUUGUAUUGACGUUAACCGGUUAACAAAUUCCUCGUUUUUCACGCCUCAACACGAUAUUUACCUUUCUCCAGCAUAAAAAAGAUCAACCAUCAUUGAAUAUUUUACGAUGAGUAAUAAAUUCUCAAAAAAGGAUCUUAUAUAUGAAAAAAAAACAAUUAUUUAUACCACAGAUAGCCCACUGAUUUGCCUGGCCGUGCAUCCGAAGGCUGAAAUGGUAGCAGUUGCUGGUAGAAAUAUUUUCCAAGUUUUCAGUGUUCAAGAGGAUAAAUUUGUCUCGUUACAUCGUGUUAAAACGCCUUCACGUUUAAUUAUGUCGGAUGUCCCAAUAACGAAAGCUGUUACUGAAUCCAGUGGAACGGAGUGCGGUCCUAAUCCAGCACCUGGAACUAUUGUUUCUGUAGCAGAAUCGAUACCACCUCGACACAGCCCUAUUAUAUCGUCCACCAUAAAUCAGCCUCGCUCUCACAGUGUUUCCGAUGUGAGCUGGUCAAGUGUGGGUGAUAUCCUUGCAACUGCAUCUACAAGUGGAGAUGUUAUGUUAUGGGAUGUCGGUCGGGGUAUGACUCAAACUGCCUGCUUUUCUGGACAUAACCGAUCAAUACAUUGUAUUCAUUUCAAUCCAACCAUUAGCACAGAACUUGUAACAGCGUCACAAGACGGUAAACUAAAGUUAUUUGACAUUCGGGAUCCAAAUCCAAAUUCUUCAUGUCGAAUAUUUUUUCAACGAAAUGCAUCACCGUCUCCUGUGCGAGAUGUUUCAUUUUGUCCAAAACAAGGAUUCUUAGUUGCAGCUGUUCAGGAAAAUGGUGUUAUUAGCAUAUGGGAUACUCGAAAAGGUUCACGUCCUUUCCGUGCUUUUCAAGGUCAUUCUUGCUCAAUAACCACACUGGACUGGCAUCCGAAUUGGAAUGUGACUUCAUGUAAUUGGUUGGCGACAGCUGGUGCUAGAGAUCAUUUAAUCAAGGUAUGGAAUCUGAGUAGUUCCAGUGGACAAGGUUCAGUCACUUGUCCCAAUGUUAUAUACACUGUACGUACUACAAAUGUUAAUCGAGUACGAUGGAGACCGACUUUUAUGACACAACUUGUCUCCAGCUGUAAUCUCACAAUCGAUUUAAGUGUUCAUGUAUGGGAUUUACAACGACCUUUCAUACCAUAUGCAUCAUUUGAAGAGCAUAAAGAUCUCGUUACAUGUAUAUCUUGGUGUCCUGCUGAGACGAAUAAUUUCUAUACUAUCGGUCGUGAUGGUUUACUUAUACGGCAUAGUAUAAGAGAUGGUGUUAGACCGGCAGAGAAUGCUGCACCUGUAGCAUUAUCACUAAGUCCUUAUGGGCAUUUAUUACAUGCUGUAAGUAAAGAUCGUGUUGAGAUCAGUAAAAAGCUAUCUAUAACUGAAAAAAGCAGUGUAACAUAUCCUCCGAUCUAUAACAGUAUGAAAAAUCACGAUCAAAUGAUGAAGACACUUCCUGUUCAUCAUCUUAAUGGGAAUGGAUUUCCGCCGGGUUAUUAUGCCUCUUCAAAUUCUACAUCUUCAUCUGUCAAUUAUAAUGCUACUAGUAAUGGUCCUUUGACUAGUACAGAUUCUGAAAUUCCGAUAGUCCCAGUUGCUUCUAUUGAUGCUGAGGAAGUGGUAGAAGUAACAAUAACAUCAGUGACUCAUACAGUUGCUGCUAUGACAGUAAAUUCAGAGCCAAAUGUUACUACACUCACCAGUAAUAAUAAUACUAUCAAUAAUACAAGUAACGUGACCAAUAUUACUACAAUCUCUCCUGUUGCUGUGUCUACUACUUAUGCUACUUCGCCUGUCAAUGACUGUGUAAUAACAACGACCGCAGCCAAAACACUACCUACUGUCACGAAUGAUCUACCUCAAAUGGGCUCAUUGAAGUCGGCAAAAUUAUUUGUUUCACAAAGACACAGCUUAAUGUUUCACUAUGAACCUUGUUUAGAGACAAUUUUUCAACCUGAACGGAUUGGUUUUAGUAAUGCCCUGCUACCGGAUUUAAUUAUUGCAUUGGCUAGAAAUUAUAAAUUUAUUGGAACCAGUGUAGAUGUGAUUUGCAAACAUAAUGCUGCUAUCUGCUUAAGAUUUGGUCAACCAUUUUUAGUGCAGUUCUGGAUAUUAUUGCGCUCAGUUUAUGGUAGUCUCGGCUCUGACAAACGUACAUCUCAGCAACAUGCAUCACAACCUCACCCACCACCGCAACAACAACAAGGACACCAAAUGGUAAAUAUGUACAGUCGGUCAGAUCUUGAGCCUCAACAUUCCAAAACAGUUCAGUGCUCAUUAGCUAGCGACAAUACGAUGGUCCGACCUGUUGACUCAUUAUACGUUCAUAAUCAUGAUAAUAAAACUUCUUUGAAAUAUUCUCAAUAUCCUGAACGUAAGAAAUGUAAACAACUCGAUGUAAAUACACCUAGCAAUUCCACAGGAGUUCGACUAUCGUAUAUUUUAGAAACGUUGGGUUUUCGAGAUCGUGAACCAGGAGUAACUCAAAAGAAAACAUCUAAGUUUAAAUUGGAUUACAGAAGACAUUCAUCAGGAAAUGUUAAAGUACGAAACCACAAGGUUGCUAAACAUCUUAUCGACAUUCCUCCGGUUACACACAGAUUUCUUUCGUAUUCUGGAUCAGGAGGUGAAAAUCCAUCAACUGCAUUCUCUACCCUAUCAUCGUCAACCAAUCCACAUAAUGAAGUCUGUCUUCCAAAUUUAAAUAACGAAUUAUUAAUUUGUACAACCAAAUCAAUUCCUGUAAAUAUUAGUUAUAUGGACAUGCAUAAAGCAUUAACAAUUGAUGAUGAUCAACACGCAUCAUCAAUAUCAUCAUCAGCAUCACCACCAACAAUACCGCAUCCACAGUCUAUUUUAAGAAAGCUUGAACAGGAUAUAUCACCUAGUGGAUUGUUAUUUAAUAAUUAUCGAGAGGAUAUGGACUAUUUAUUCCACCCUACUAGUCCUCAAAAGUCAGCACCUCUUCCGUUAGUUGAAGAUAAUGCAGCGAAAAGGGGACCAAAACAACUGGAUCUUAUUGAAGUGAUUGGUUCACAUGAUGAUCCAGUGGUAAUGGAGACAGAAUAUCUACCUGAUGAAGCAUUCCCUACGACUUUUCAUCCUUUGCAGCAACAAGAUCAGUCACAAUGCCAACACGACAAUUCAUUCUACAUCCAUCAAAAUAAGCACCGAAAGUUGAAACAACCAGUCGUAUGCAGUUCUCUCGGUGAAACUUUUAAUAAUGCUGCAGAUGAAAUUCAUGACAGUAAUAGCUUUGACGUUGUGUCAUGCUCUGCUGAUGCAUCAGUUCCCAAGAGGAACGCUUCAUCUUCAAAACCACAGAGAAAAUCAAUGGAUUGUACCAAAAUUCUUACUUCCAAGUGUUGCGAUUUGUCGUUAGUUGAUUGGGGGACUAGACAGAUUUUACCAGCUUCAAGUUUUCCUGGCCUACCUAUAACUGCGGUGAAAGAUGUUCAAAAUGCUCCUUCUGAUUCAUCAUUCAUUAAUCCUAAUCCCUCUGAUAAUAGUGGUGAUGAUGAUGAUGAAAAAAAGCAUAAAGAAGGAAUUCAAGCUAGUAAAAUAUGUUGUAAUGAAAAAAAACUGGAAAAUGCUGAUCAUGAUGAAAUUGAUCAGCGUUUUAUCUCGAAUUCUUCGGCAUCAGAAUCGAAUUCUUCAUCUCUGACAAAAGACAAAUCAUUUAAUAAACAUAAAAAGGAAAUUCAACUGUUAGCACCAUGGCUUCAUAGUAAAUCAUCAUCUGGUUUUGACAAAGAAUCAACUAUGUUACUAAAUGGACAUACAUUCAGUCCUAUUGGAUCAUUAUCUCCGAUAUCAGGUGAAAUUAAUGCCAUAAUUGGUAAAUGGUUUGUGGAACUGGUUGAAUCUGGUCAUGUUCAAACUGUAUGUACAGCAUUAUUAGCUUUGGGUUCAGAACGUUUACAUGUUAAUGAAUGGGUUAGCGAGGUUCAGUUAGAACAUUGGUUCAUUUCAUAUUUGGAAUUACUAUCGCGCUUCCGACUAUGGACUGUGUGUGCACGUAUUAUGAAACAGUGUGGAAAUCCUUUCGCUGGUGCCGAUAACCAAAUUUAUUUACGUGAAUAUCGUCGAAGUAUAAAUCUACAAUACGUUAUUAGACCGAUUGUUAUGAAACCUGCAGGUAAGAUUGUUACAGUAAUAUGUGUAAAAUAUAUUUCAUUCACGAUAUUCUUCUAGGUAAAGCGUUUCGUAAUCAUGUGCGAUCAUUCCUGGAUGGAAGGUAUUUAAAAAGGGCACUCACCCGCUAGCUUAUUAAGAGAAGUGCGCUAUUAACGUAUAUAAUAAUAAGUUUUGUUUUUGAACAAUAUGUGACGAUUGUAAUGAAGUACCAUGAUGGAUAAUGCUUCAGGAUAUCUUUUGACCUGUAUCAAGUCAGCGGAGAUCUCAAGGUUCAGUUACAUCUAAGUAUUGAUUUUUGAUGCGGUAGAUUCUAAUUACUGAAUGCCCUUAUGGAUAUACAUAAAUUAUUUAAUAAUACGCACCAGAAGGGCUCAUCGCACAAGAAGUGGUCCUCGUGACUCACUAGCCUGAUGGACACAACUCUCUGGCAUUUGAAGUGAUGGGCGUAGGAUUCGAGUCUUAUUGGGAUUACCGUCACUUGGGAGCAUAUACAUUCCGCUGAUGAGUCUUAAAUAGGAAGAAACGCGCUUGCUGAAUUUCAUUGCUAACUACUAUCAACCAAAUGCAUCAAAAAGAGCUUCCUUUUAAUCCACUUUUGAAGACUUGUAGUAAUCUGAUACCUUCAUUUUAAGGAUUUAAUAGUCCUAUAAUUUGUCAGUUUAUAGAUUGUUAUCAUGUUCUUUUCCUAUCAUACUAUAGGGAUUUCGCUUUUUUCGAAUAACUCAUAACAGUCAUGCUGUCACUUCAGUGAAAUAUGUCGCAUAUUGAUGAAUGAACCGUAGAUAGACUAUGCCUGUAGAAAAUAUGUACUAGAUGGAGCAGGUGUAAGAAGUGCGGGUUAACAUUGAUGCCGUUUUUUUCAAAUUAGGAACUCCUUUAUGAGUUUUUUUCCUGAUUUUACGUGUGUUGCUUUUGACACACGAGGACUACUUGACUUGACAAGAGUAACAACACGACAUCAAUAUUUCACUAAAUAUAACACAAAUGAAGUAUUUACCACUUUAACUUUAACCAUGUCGUGAUUAUUGUAGCGAAAGAGAUUUAAUAUGCUGUUUUCCAAUGCAUAGCUCCUUCUUCAAAUUACAAGUUAUCAAGGACUAUACAACAUGUAUCAAGUAAAAGUGUGAAUUUUUAUGUAGAUUUGGUUAGUUAUUUCAGAGACUGUCGAAUAAGAAAUCCUACUCUGAAAAGUGAGAACCUAAUGUUUCAAAAUAAACGAUUUGAUUCGUCAGCAUUGUAGUUUAUUAAGCUAUUCUAGGGACUACUUUCUCGAAUACACCGAAGAAUAGGUUUCAAUAAGCAAACUAUGUACUCACCUCAACAUAAUCAGAUUAAUCAAUAGUCUUGGUAACUUGUAUUUCCUACGGAGACAUGCAUGAGGAGUAUGAUGGUGGGUUAUUCUACGUUUCACUAUAUGGAGCGUCUUUCAAGUCAGUCUGUUUGGAUUAUUUUUACAAAAUAUCCUCAUGAGUAUCUCAUGAAUGACGUCUUCUUUGUAUGUGUGCUGAUAGUUUUGAAAUUAUACUUUUGUUUCAUAGUUUUCUCAAUGGAAUCUAGGGAAUAUCCAUUUCUUCAACAUCUGGGUUUCUGAAAACUUAGUUUGUCUUUGGCAGUAUCACGAACAUAUAAGACAAAACUUUUGACUCAAAUAAAUUUAGGUAAUACUUUUGUUAUUUGUAAACGCUACAUGAUAAGUGUUUUUGAUUUCUGAGUCUUCUGACUUCUUUUCCUUAUAUUUUUCGAAAAUUCGGGAAAUAAUAUCCUCCUUUUAAUUAGUUACUGAUCAUCUUUAGUAAAGUGAAAGCUUUUUUGCAGAGUUUAUUUUACCUCUUUGGUUUACGUACGGGAACUAAAUCGUAUUCAAAGCAUAGACGACUAGCUAGCCUUGGACUAUUAUACGGUAUCGAAGAUGAAAAAAUCAACAUGACAUACGAUACUGUAGCUCUAGGUUAUAAUAUAAAUGCAAACACUACACAGUUUUUGUUGUAAUCCUUGAAAUACAUAAAUUGUUUGGUGAAUAUUGAUACCAGUAAACAACACAGACCAUACUCCCACUGAUGUCUGAUAGUGGCUACGUUUCUUGAAUCAAAAGCGACAUUCUACCUUGUCGACUGUGAGGUCUCAUUGUAGCAUAUCUGACUAACAGGAGUGCCGGACAAGUGCAUCACUCUUUUUAGGGUUCUGUACUCAAAUAUCUGUGGGCUUGUCAGAGUUGUGUACACCAAAGAUACUCACUCUGUAUUCUUACUUAAUCUCAUCUAACUUCACUGAGAUUGACGUUGAAUUGUGCGACUUGUUAGUAAACCUAGAGUUCACAAAUAACAUGGUUCUAUUAGGUGGAGGUGCCAACAAUGUUUCUCGCUACCCAAAUGCAAAUUGUUGCUGGUACUUUGUUUAACAUUUAGAAGUGAAGUGGUUGAGCACGUUGAUCACUCCAUUUACGUAAGAAGUCAAGCUAGCCCUCACGCAUAAAAAAAUACUCGCUCAAUCUUUGGUAACCUACGCCAUUUAUGGCGCCAUCAUGAUUUCCACUUACCUUUUCAGCAUCGUAUAUACUGUGCUAAACUUCAUUUCAUCAUGCUACAUGACUGUAAAGCAUAUCCAUUAAACGUACAGAAUAUGAGAAGACUUCGGAUGUUCUACCACCUUUAUCUACGUAGCAUAGACUGUAUCCACAACAUUAAUAACGUGGAAGUCAGAGCUGAGUUUUGAUCAGACAACGAAAGUCAUUUGAUGAGGUUGUGAGCCUUCCUCGACUUAAAUGGCUGGGAAAUAUGCUCCACAUCUCUAGUCACUGUCUACCUCGUCGCACGAUGUUAGCUGAUAUUUGGAUUGGGAAAAGGUUAUAGGCAGUACCAGUCCAUGAAGUCUCCAACUGUUGAUCUGAGCCAUUUAGGCAAAUGUAGAUUUCCUGGUUGGUGUCGGUGUGACAAUCGAGAUAGGUUGUUGGAGAAUGUAUAUGAAUUAUCUCGGAAUCGAUGUCAGCGGCGCAGAUGUAUCCAUACAUUCUCUUCAUCCUAAUUGUCAUAUCAAAUUGUGUUAGUUUUAUCUCUUCCUUCUUUCUACGACUUCUUUUUGCCGUUUUCCUAACUUUGUGUGUGUGUCAGCUUGGGCCGUUAUGCAGUAAUGUCAUGCUUCAUAUUGAUGCUGACUGACUAAAUGACUAGAAACGCAUAUCUGAACAGUGAAGGAUAUUAGACGAUUAUUUUAAUGUGAUAUUACUUUCCUCUUAUGUUAUUUUCAUUUUCUCUUCAUAGAAUCUGAAUCUAAAACACCGAAUAAUACUGCAGAACCUCGUUCUGAAGGGAAUACGCGAACUCGAUGGAAAAGUGGUGGUAUCGAGAAUCAAUUUACUUCACGCCUAGGAAACACAUCUCCAGCAUUAGCACCAGGUGUAGCGGCUUUAAAUCAAAUUUCAACUACAUUAUCUAUACGUUGCGGUUUGUGCACAAAACCACUAUGUGCCAGUGAAUCAACUCAACGAAUGACUGGACAUACUGGUUGGGCAUGUUCUCGACAUGCAACAUCAUGUGAUCCAGCAACAAUAACUUGUGCAUUGUGUCAUCUAGUUGUCCGUGGUUUAUUUAUAUGGUGUAGAGGCUGCAGUCAUGGUGGGCACUUGGAUCAUAUGCAGGCUUGGCUGAUGAGAAGACCUGAGUGUCCGGCUGGAUGUGGUCAUCGGUGUAGAUAUGGCUAAAUGGAUCAUUGGCGUUCCCAAUCAUAUUUCGCUUAUAUCUAUUGUAAAUUAUGGUACCAAUCAUAAACAACGUGUACUUUUUAUCUGAUUUCUAAUUUUGUUACUAAAUGAGACACUACUCCAUCGUUUACAGUACUUUAUUUUUCCAGGUCAUCUUAUUUUAGCAUGUAAUAUUACUUAUGAAUAAAUCAUCAGGUAUCUCUGUGUGAAGAAUCACUCCUUUUUUG